AUGUGGGGCGAAGCAGACGCAGAUGUGUUGGUUUAGCUGGAUAUAGAUGUGUCAAAAAAUAUGUCGAUCACAUCAGCUUUGCACGGGAUCGCAAAGGACAACUCGCCUGUCGUCAGUAUAUAGGGAGGUAUAUAUAGUCGUGUAUUUAACUUUGUUAAAGGAUCUACAAAAUGGCAUUCCAACAUUACAAGCUUCAUGCACAGCCGCGAUACUUGAUGUAUUGCAUGGCCUUUCUCAUCGUUGCAGUGAUCUUUGGUGUGUUCUUCAUCUCUGUGGAUCAACAAACGUCUUUGUGGUCUGCCCUGCAAAGGGCGGAUGUCUUCAACUUCACAGGAAUUAAUCCUAAGCAUCCACAAAUGUUUUACCCUCGUAAUGUAUCAACACGAAAUCCUGAAGCAGAUGUGCAAACGACUUUCAAACUUGUUUUUCCCGCCUCAAAGACCAUUCCAUACUUCCAUAGACCAGUUUCGUCCACACCGAACGGUAGAUUCAGAAAACGCUUCACGUAUGACAAUUAUUCCCUCGAUGAUAUCGACACGAGCGGUAACGAAUCAAAACUAAUUUUGUUUUACAAUCGUCCACAUUGGUUCGGUGUGAAUCAGUGUAUACAGGGUAUCCAAGACUGUCCACGGAAAGCCUGCACAUGUUCGAAUGAUCCUGAAGACAUUGCUAAAGCAGAUGCUGUCAUCAUCGACGCUGUUGACCUCAAGGAUGCUACACCACCAACAAGUAUACGGCGAGCUGAUCAAAUGUGGAUUAUGUUUGGCCUAGAGUCUCCUGUUCACUAUCACAAUAACUACUACCUGCGACCCCAAUGGCGUCAGGCAUUUAACUGGACCAUGACGUACCGUCUGGACUCUGACAUCGUGCUGCCGUAUAACACACUACAGCGGAGGAAGAAGGCAUCACAAACUAAUUUCACAAAGGUUGCGUUGAAUAAAACUAAAUCGGUUCUUUGGUUUGUGAGCCACUGCAAAACCUCUUCCAAACGUGAAUCUUACGUACUGGAACUUGCCAAGUACAUCACGGUUGACAUUUAUGGACGAUGUGGGCCCUUCAAAUGUUCUAGAAAUUGUGGCCAUUUAUAUGAAAAUCAAUAUAGGUUUUAUUUGUCCUUUGAAAAUUCUCUUUGUAUCGACUAUAUUACAGAAAAACUUUUCAAAACAUAUAACUACAAUAUCGUUCCUGUUGUUCGAGGGGGGGCUGACUAUGGUUCUCUUGUACCGAACGGAACAUACAUCAAUGCUGCAGACUUUUCAAGUCCAGGAAAACUUGCAAACUAUCUGAAAUAUCUGGAACAGAAUAUCACGGCUUAUACCGAGAUAUUGAGGGAAAAGGCCAGAUAUUCACCGAACGGAGAAAAUAUUCACUCUUCAUUUUGCGAUAGGUGUACAAAACUUCAUAAUUUGGAUAAAUAUUCAAAUUAUUACCAUGAUCAUGUGAAAUGGCUAAAGAAGGAUAUUUGUUACUAGCGAUAUACUUUAGGGCCGGUGGAGCAGGCUGACAACAAUCCUUUAAACAUUCACUCUUGAGUGCAUUCAGCUAAGGCUGAGGUCAGUCCCCUCCGCUGGCUCUCUUGUGAAACUGAGCACAAAUUCGAAACUAUCCGCUGCUGGAAACGGCUUAAUUCUGCUCUCUCUUAUCGUAAUAAAAUGUUGGUCUCGUAGAUGUCGUAAAUCAUGGGACAGUCGUUUCAUCAAAUUAUGUGAAAGUUUACAGCUUCCUAAACUAGAUGUCUUUGACAUUUCAUCGGUAGAUUUUAAAGCUGUGAGGGGUAAAUUAGUUAUAUCAGGUAAUGAUUCAUGGUUGAGGUGACUCUGGAAUGAUAGAAGGUAAGUGAUUGGUAAUAAACUGAUAACGUAUAGACAAUUUAAAUUGCUCUCAAGGUCGAACCAUUUUACGAAGAAAUCAAAGAAGUAUUCUAGUUGUGUUACGGCCAGGAACACUCCCUCCAGAGACUGAAAUUGGUGGAUACUCUAUACCAAUUAAUCCCUUACAUCAGCGUAUUUGUAAAUAUCGUAAUCAAAAUAUAAUCGAAGAUGACUAACAUUUGCUAUUGUGACUAUAGUCGGAUUUAAGAUGUUGCCUUUCUUUGGAUAUAGGCCUCAGAUAUU